AUGAGCACAACAACUGAAGACGUUGAUGACCUAAAAACUGCAAUUGACAUAAAUGACUGCAAAAAAGAAAAGGAAGAACCAAUGCAAAGAGCUGCACAAAUCCGUAUCAAACAGAGAUACAACUGUCCGGAACAGGAACUCAUUCAGAUGCGUGCUCCGUUUCUUGGGUUUUCAGUUUUCGUGCGAUUCCAGUCUAGAGCUAGAAUUCAUACAAUCAACAUCGUCAAAGGAGAUGAAAUUGACAAGAUGUUGAAUAGUCCGGUACCGUACUCGUAG